CCUGUCCCCGCCCCGCGCGGCGCGCGCCUCCUUCGCGGAACCACAGUCAAGGCGGCGGCGCGGCCGGAGAGGGCAGCGAGGGCCCGGGCGACACGCGCCGGCUGCGACCCGAUGCGGUGACUACUCGCGCGGCGCAGGCGCCUGCAGCCCCGCCGGCGGGGCCACGGUGCCCGGCGGCGGCGGCGGCGGGAUGUUCUCUCGACGGAGCCACGGCGACGUGAGGAAGUCGGCGCAGAAGGCGCUGGACCCCAGGAAGGACGCGGCGACGCGGCUGCGACACCUGCGGGCGCUGCUGGAUAAUGUGGAUGCAAAUGACCUUAAGCCAUUUUUCGAGACCCACUAUUCUCAGAUAUAUUUCAUCUUCUAUGAAAAUUUUAUAGCACUGGAAAAUAAUUUAAAAUUAAAAGGGAAUAAUAAAUCACAAAGGGAGGAGCUGGACUCUAUUCUCUUUCUUUUUGAAAAAAUAUUGCAGUUUCUACCUGAACGAAUUUUCUUUCGAUGGCAUUAUCAGAGCAUAGGCUCAACUUUAAAGAAGCUUCUACACACUGGAAAUUCUAUAAAGAUAAGAUGUGAAGGGAUCAGGCUGUUUCUUUUGUGGCUUCAAGCACUUCAGACAAACUGUACAGAAGAGCAGGUGCUGAUUUUUGCUUGCCUCGUGCCUGGUUUCCCAGCGGUCCUGUCCUCUAGGGGUCCCUGCACGCUGGAGACCCUCAUCAACCCCAGCCCUAGCAUAGCUGACGCAAAGAUCUAUCCAGAAGAAAUCGCCCCACUCCUGCCAGCCAUCUCAGGGGAGAAGACCGCUGAGGACCAAACCUGCUUUUUCCUUCAGAUACUGUUGAAGUAUAUGGUCAUUCAGGCUGCAAGCUUGGAGUGGAAGAAUAAGGAAAAUCAAGAUACUGGUUUUAAAUUUCUUUUUACAUUGUUUCGAAAGUAUUAUCUUCCUCAUUUAUUUCCACCAUUUACUAAGUUAACAAACAUCUACAAACCUGUACUUGACAUCCCCCAAUGGAGACCAAAGCCCCUGUAUGUUACUACAACUCGAGAUAGUGAGAGCUUUUACAGCACAAAAAUUCCAUACAUGGCAGCUCGUGUGGUUUUUAUUAAGUGGAUAGUAACUUUCUUUCUGGAAAAAAAGUAUUUAACUGCAACACAGAACACUAAAAAUGGAGUUGAUGUGUUGCCUAAAAUCAUCCAGAAUGUUGGUGGUGGUACAGCGCCUGAGCGGGUGGCAGAACUGGAUGGCAACCGGCCCUCAGAGCAAGACAUGGACCACUCCAACAGCAGCACCCUGUCUGAGCGGAGGCUCAGCAGCUCCAGCCUCUGCAGCAUCGAGGAGGAGCACCGAACAGUGUAUGGAAUGGUGCAGCGGAUCCUCCUGUCCACACGUGGUUAUGUCAAUUUUGUGAAUGAAAUAUUUCGCCAGGCAUUUCUGUUGCCUUCCUGUGAGAUAGCUGUAACUAGGAAAGUGGUUCAGGUGUACAGAAAAUGGAUUCUCCAGGAAAAGCCUGUGUUCAUGGAGGAACCGGAUAAAAAUGAUACCGUUCAAGAAGACGCUGAAAAACUAGACGUUUCAGAGACUGAUGCAAAGGAGGCCUCGUCAGACGGUUCCGGUCACAAGCGGACUUCCAGCUGGGGGCGCACGUAUUCCUUCACAAGCGCCAUGAGCAGAGGGUGUGUGGCCGAGGAGGACAGCACCAGUGUGAAGGCCGGGGCCCAGGCCGUGCUGCAGGUAUUUCUGACAAAUGCUGCAAACAUAUUUUUGCUGGAACCUUGUGCUGAAGUUCCUGUGCUCUUGAAAGAGCAAGUUGAUGCUUGCAAGGCCGUUUUGAUUAUUUUUAGGCAUAUGAUAAUGGAGCUUACAAUGAAUAAAAAGACAUGGGAGCAGAUGUUGCAGAUUCUACUCAGGAUAACAGAAGCUGUCAUGCAGAAGCCAAAGGAUAAACAAGUAAAGGACUCAUUUGCUCAGAGCUUGGCAGGGUUACUGUUUAGGACACUCAUGGUGGCAUGGAUCCGAGCAAACCUCUGUGUGUUCAUCUCCCGGGAGCUCUGGGAUGACUUCCUGGGCGUGCUGUCCUCCCUCACCGAGUGGGAGGAGCUUGUCAGCGAAUGGGCCAGCAUCAUGGACUCGCUGACGGCGGUAUUGGCCCGAACUGUGUAUGGAGUCGAAAUGACAAACCUGCCUCUGGACAAGCUGAGUGAGCAGAAGGAGAAGAGGCAGCGAGGCAAAGGCUGUGUUCUGGAGUCUCAGAAAGUGACCACUGUGGGGAGAUCCUUUUCUCUUAGCUGGCGGAGCCACCCGGAUGUGACCGAGCCCAUGCGGUUCCGGAGUGCUACCACAUCUGGGGCCCCUGGGGUGGAGAAGGCCAGAAACAAUGUCCGGCAAAAGGCAACUGAAGUGGAGGAGAAUCCGCAGCUGGAGAGCACCCCUGUGGCAGACCCGGGCCUGCUUCCCACGGGGCAGCAGCAGGUCCUCCGGAGCAGCAGCAUGUCUGACGUCCCUGAGCCGAGGGCCCCUGAUGCGUCUCAGGACAGAGACUCGCUAAGUUGCCCAAGCUGGCCUUGGAACUUUCGAUCCUCCUGCCUCAGCCACCCAUGUAGCUGGGAUUACAGGCAUGCGCCACAGCACCAGGCCAAAACAAACACAGCUUUUAAUAGCAUUCACAGCUUCUGCAACAACUUUGAGCAACAACAGAGUUUGGAAAGCCAAGAGGCAGAUGAUCAAAAGGUAGAAACUGCACAGAACUUGACUUCUUCAGACCCCAAGCCUAGUCAAGACAGUAAAGGCCAGGUGAAGAGAGAACAUGAAGGAAUAACAAUCUUAGUUCGAAGAAGCAGCAGCCCCGCUGAAUUGGAUCUGCAGGAUGAUUUGCAGCAGACACAAGGAAAAUGUAGGGAAAGGCAGAAAAGUGAAAGUGCCAACAGUGACACAGCUCUGGGCUAUAGCAGCGAGGCCGAGCUAUUGGUGACCCCUUGGCAGGCGUGUGAGGAGGACCCUGACCUGAGCACACCCACGGACACUGUGGCUGACUCUGAUGCCCGGCAGUGGUUACAGCUGAGUCCUGCUGAUGCCUCACAUCUCACAGACAACAGCGACUGCCUGGCGGACGACUGUAGUAUCAUCGCUGGGGGAAACCUCACCGGCUGGCACCCAGAUUCUGCUGCUGUGCUAUGGAGAAGAACCUUGGGGAUCCUCGGAGAUGUGAAUAACAUCCAGUCACCCAAGAUCCAUGCCAAAGUAUUUGGCUAUCUCUACGAGCUCUGGUAUAAACUAGCCAAGAUCCGGGACAAUCUGGCCGUCAGCCUGGAUAACCAGUCCUCGCCGUCUCCUCCUGCCUUGGUCCCGCCACUCAGAAUGUUUGCAUCUUGGUUAUUUAAGGCGACAACACUGCCAAAUGAGUAUAAGGAGGGCAAGCUGCAAGCCUACAGGCUGAUCUGCGCCAUGAUGACCAGACGCCAGGAUGUCCUGCCAAACUCCGACUUUCUGGUGCACUUCUACCUCACAAUGCACCUGGGAUUAACCAGCGAGGACCAGGAUAUCUUGAAUACAAUCAUAAGACACUGCCCACCCCGCUUCUUCUCCCUGGGUCUUCCUGGCUUCUCCAUGCUGGUGGGGGACUUCAUCACAGCCGCCGCCAGGGUCCUUGGCACAGACAUGUUGGCGGCCCCUCGUUCUGAGGCACUCACCAUCCUCGGAUCCCUCGUCUGCUUCCCAAAUAUCUACCAGGAGAUCCCAUUACUGCAAUCCGUGCCAGAAAUAAAUGAGGUCGUCACUGGCACUGAAGAUAUCAAGCAUUACCUCAUAAAUAUUUUACUGAAGAAUGCCACAGAGGAACCAAAUGAAUGUGCAAGGUGCAUUGCCAUUUGUGCCCUGGGGGUGUGGAUCUGUGAGGAGCUUGCACAGCACACCUGCCACCCUCAGGUGAAGGAGGCCAUCAACGUGAUUGGUGUGACACUAAAGUUUCCUAACAAAAUCGUGGCUCAGGUAGCAUGUGAUGUUCUUCAGUUGCUGGUUUCCUACUGGGAAAAACUUCAGAUGUUUGAAACCUCCCUGCCUCGGAAAAUGGCAGAAAUCCUUGUGGCCACAAUCUCUUUUCUCUUACCAAGUGCAGAGUACUCCACUGUGGAAGCAGACAAGAAGUUUAUUGUGUCCUUGCUCCUCUGCCUGCUGGACUGGUGCAUGGCGCUGCCAGUGAGUACCCUCCUGCACCCAGUGUCUACCGCGGUCCUGGAUGAGCAGCACCUGACUCGAGCACCCUUACUGGAUUAUAUCUACAGGGUCCUACACUGUUGUGUCUGUGGCUCGAGCACAUACACCCAGCAAAGUCACUACGCGCUGACCCUGGCCGACUUGUCCUCUGUGGAUUAUGACCCCUUCCUGCCCCUGGCCAGCGUGAGGAGCUCUGAGCCAGUCCCGUGCCAUUCCUCAGCAGACCUGGGCAACCUGCUGACUGUAGAAGAGGAGAGGAGGAGGAGGAGCCUGGAGCUGAUCCCACUCACUGCCCGCAUGGUGAUGGCCCACCUGGUCAACCACUUAGGCCACUAUCCACUGGCUGGCGGCCCGGCCAUGCUGCACAGCCUGGUCAGUGAGAACCAUGACAACGCCCACGCCGAGGGUGCCGAGUUGUCCCCCGAGGUGUUCCGGAGCCCGAACCUGCAGCUCUUCGUGUUUAAUGAUAGCACCCUCAUCUCCUGCCUGCAGAUGCCUUCAGAGGGGAUGAGUGGCAGGUCCCCAGGGGGCACUGUCUCAGACAUGCGUGUCAUUGUGCGAGAUGUCUCUGGGAAGUACUCCUGGGAUGGAAAGGUGCUUUAUGGACCCCUGGAGGGCUGCCCUGUCCCCGGGAGUCACAGUCCCAGCUUUCACAUUCCUGGCUGCCCGCCUCGGAAAGACCUUCCUCAGGCUGAGGAGGGGGAUGAUGCGCUGGAUGAGCUGCUUGAGAACAUUGGCCACACAAGCCCCGAGUGCCUCCUACCAUCCCAGCUGAAGCUCAGUGAGCCUUCCCCACCCCCGUGUGGAAUGAGCAGUGAGCAGGAAAAGGAAAUCAUUGAGGCGAUCCUGCGCCAGAGCGCACAAGAGGAGGAACAUGUCCAGAAGUGUACGUCGGCCUCCACCUUAAGGGUCACCAGCCAAGGGCAGCCCUGCCCGGUGGAGCCCCGAGGGCCCUUCUAUUUCUGCAGGCUGCUGCUCGAUGACUUGGGAAUGAACUCUUGGGACAGAAGGAAGAAUUUCCACCUAUUGAAGAAAAACUCAAAAUUACUGAGAGAGCUAAAAAAUCUGGACUCCCGUCAGUGCCGGGAGACACAUAAAAUUGCAGUAUUUUACAUUGCUGAAGGUCAAGAAGACAAGUGUUCGAUCCUCUCUAACGAAAGAGGAAGCCAAGCUUAUGAAGACUUUGUUGCUGGUCUUGGAUGGGAGGUGGAUCUCUCCACCCACUGUGGCUUCAUGGGCGGCCUGCAGCGCAACGGCAGCACUGGGCAGACUGCCCCAUACUAUGCUACCUCUACUGUGGAAGUGAUUUUCCACGUUUCCACGCGGAUGCCAUCAGAUUCAGAUGAUUCCCUCACCAAAAAGCUCCGUCACUUGGGGAAUGACGAGGUCCACAUCGUCUGGUCUGAGCACUCCAGGGAUUACCGCAGGGGCAUCAUCCCGACUGCUUUUGGUGAUGUCUCCAUCAUCAUUUACCCAAUGAAGAACCACAUGUUCUUUAUCACGAUAACCAAGAAACCUGAGGUGCCGUUUUUUGGGCCUCUGUUUGACGGAGCCAUCGUCAGUGGGAAGCUGCUGCCGAGCCUCAUCUGUGCCACCUGCAUCAAUGCCAGCCGGGCUGUGAAGUGCCUCAUCCCACUCUACCAGAGCUUCUAUGAAGAGCGAGCGCUGUAUCUCGAAGCAAUAAUUCAGAACCAUCGCGAAGUCAUGACAUUCGAGGAUUUUGCAGCCCAAGUCUUCUCUCCCUCGCCCAGCUACUCCCUCAGCGGAACGGGACUGAGAGUGCUGAUAGAUUUCUAACCUGAGCUGAUUGUCUCCAAACACUGCCUUCCAUCUCCCGUCCUGACUUGUUAACAAAUAUCUUACACACAAAGUGAAAAAAUUAAAUUCACUGAAAUAAAUCACUUCCAAAUAAAAUCAGCCAUGCAUCAUUGUUUAACAUCCCUGGCUGUGGUCCUGGCCUCCGAGCUUUGUGUGGAGAUAAGAGGAGAAGCCUGUGCAGGCCGGGAGGGAGCAGCAGGCAGAAGGCUCCGGAGAUAAGAGCCUGGCAGAGGUGGGGGGCGAUUUACAUAAUCGCGCGCUUCCUGGGGAGGCGUCGGGAACACAGGAUGGUCUCUAUUGAUCUCUGCUGAACUGGAAUACUAAACAACAUGAGGAAAGCUUAUGACUUCAAGCUUUGAUUAACAUUUCUUACAUUUAAAAAAGUAGAACAGCUGUGAAUUGAAUUCUUUUAUACACUCUGCCAAUAUCCUAUCUAAGACAAAAAAAAAAAAAUCUGUGUCAAGGGAAAUGAAGAUUUCAUACCCAGUCUGGCCAGAGAUUUAAAAUGGUUUCAGAUUUCUCACUGAAAGAGCAGGAAGGCUCUGUAGUGCGCUGAUUUUUAAAGAUCUCAUUCAGAUUUUUCCCAUCGAGGAUACUAGGACUUGAUUUUUUGGUACAGGUCCUUUUUUUUUCUUUAAUUCUGAAGAAGUCAUUUUAUUUCUUAAAAUUAAAGGAAAAAUUAAAUGAUACUUAGAUGCUUACAUUCUUUAAUUUUUAUAAUCUUAAGGUUGUUAAGAUGUUUUAGAAAUAAAUACUGAGGGGUUCUAUUAUAUAUAUAUAUGCCUAUAAAUAAUGUAAUUUUAGAAGUUCGUGUGUGAGACUGCUGGAGAAAAUUGAGGUCCUGUGAUCUCCAGUUGGACAAGACUGUUGAUAGACUUCUUCAAGAAGUUUAUAUUUUCUAAAUUACUUAGCAGAAUGAAGAUUCUGACAGUGUCAUAAGGGUGGAGCAUUGGAACUUUAAUAAAAGGAACAUGAAACCAAACUUGAAAUAUCAAAGCCAAUGGUAGUUCUUUCUCCUUUCACAUUAGCAGUGGAAUGCUUAGGCUUCAGUGUCAAGUGGUACGGUUUUUAUGUACCUGUCGCACCUAUCCUAGAGUGGGACCCCAAAGCUGAGUAUGGUGUUCCCUUAGCACUUAGCACAGCUGCUCUUAAUGGUUAGGAGGAAGUAGACAGGAACUCGGUUGGAGCUGAAAUGUGAUGGCUAGGCAGGGGCAGGGCAUCCGGUGUGGUACACGGGCCCCUACGGCUAUAUCCUCUCCUGGGUAUGUGCUCUUUUACUUCUACCACUACCCUUACAGAUGAGAGUGCUAUGUCGUGUAUUCCUUGUGCCUUUGAAUUUCCAGGGACAAGUACAGUCAAACCCUUGAUGAACCAACAGCAUAAACUAAAAUGCCGAGGUUCAACCUGCUAUCCCAAGCUACGAGCCAACUGGGAAAAGUGACCCUGAGCCACUCACGCUCCCACCAUGCACUUGGGCCCUGGGCCUCAGUGUCACCAAGCCAGGUCUCGGCUCCUGCUCACAGGCAUAGAUGUAUGUGUACAUGGCCUGAAAAGCAAGAGACUUGAUGUUCUCUAUGCAUCCUCGUGACAAGGGCCUUGUCCUAGAAGAAGAGGGCUCACCUGUACACUGUGUGUAUGCCACACUGCAUGUAACACAAGUCAGUGGGCAGCUCUCCUUGGCAGAAAGCCCCGGCAGCCUUUGCAGGCCUGACUUGUGCUCAACGAGGAGAUUGCUGGCUAGUGCCCCAUAUCCACUGCUCUGUUCCUGCACCCAGGGCGCCUGGGCAGGGGAUUGAGUUGCACUUUCCUCCGCAUGAUUGACGGUGGAUAGAGGGAUAACGUUAGCACACAGGGCCCACCUUUUCUCAGGAGGUUUUCAGAAAAGCACCCAUUUUCCAAAUUAGAAAAAAUUGUCUUAAAACAGCUGCCUUGGGCUGAGGGUUUAGCUCAGCCGCAUAAGUGCCUGUUUAGCAAUCUCCAGGUCGUAAGUUCGAUCCCCGGCACUAAAAAAAAAAAAAAAAUAGCCGCCUUGCAUCUGCUCCAUCUGUUAACAUGUUGAGGACUCCCAGCUUACAGUAGGAGCUGAGCUGCUUCUUUACCUAGCCCUGUGCUUUGCCGCCUUUAUUGAUUCCAUCUGUUACUGACUGGGAAUACAUAAUUUGAAAGGUAGCCAGCGUUCCAGUGCUGCUUGCCAUUAACCUCUGCACAUUCUGUGCACCCACAUCCAUGUGCAUUUAACCCACACACCAUGGGCAGCAGAGGUGGGGUGCAAGUGGUGCUGAGGAAGGAAGCAGCCAAGCAGCCUUCAAAGGGUUAACUCCAGGCGCCCUGUGUGGCUGGCAGGGAGGCACUGAUGUCAUCCGGGCAGCUCUUAGCCAAGUGCAUCUGUUCACCAUGAGGUCAUUCUUUUGCAUGCUAAUGACUUGGAGAAUCCAGUGUAAUGCUCCACAGGAUCGAAAAGGACACAAACAGCAUACAUCUUUACCUUUUGGAAACUGCUCUUAAAGAACAAAGAAAAAGAAACUUUUGCUUGCACUUGUGAUUUUUUUCUAGAACUGCUUUAAGGAUUGCAUCUAGACCUCGAAACCUGGGGGGAUCCCACUGUGUCUAUUGAAAAUGAAUUCCCAAUCUCAGUUAUAAUUGCAGCUGGCAAUGUGGAGGUCACAGAGCAUAAGGAUAUCUCUUUGAGCCCCUAAAUUCAGGAGUUUCCGGUACUGUGAUCAAAAGUUGGUGGCAAUGGACAUUUGCCCCAAGGAAUGUCUAAGACAGCAUUAAAUGAGACUCUGCUCAGUGCGCUGGUGGCCCUGCCUCUGCACAAAUGCCAGCAGUGUCCAGGUCACCUCCCGACCUCAGUUCUGCUGUCCAGGGCCAGCAGGGGGAGCACAGCCUUUGUUUGCUGUUGAGGCGCCAUAAAUACCAAUGCUGAUGGUUUCCAAGGCCUAAUGGGCAAAGCCUCCCCUUGUGUAGGCUCAGUCGCAGGGGCCACAGGAUUCAGAGCCUCACCUGCCCCAUCCAGUACUGCCAUGUCAAUACAGGACAUGUUCAAGGUUUAAAGCAGAUUAGUCUGAGUCAGCUGGAGAUGCUGCCACCACUCUUUCAUUGUCCCCAAGUGCAGACUUCCAUCUCUGCCCUCCUGCGCUGGCUGUCUCAAGGAGGAUUGCCUUCAUCUGCCUCAUAUACAAGUCUGCUGUGGUUCUUUCCUACAGCAGAAUAUCCUAGUAUUUGUAGAACUUUACCAAAGAAUCUGCCUGUUGUCACUGGGGAAGUUUUGGUAGCCGAUAAAAUCUGACAAAAGCUGCAGAUAAACCCGGGCAUGAUGGCACUCAGUAUCCUAAGUGGCUAAGGCAGGAGGAUCACAAGUUCAAACUCAGCCAGGACAACUUAGUGACUUAGUAAGACCCUAUCUCAAAAUUUAAAAAAGGACUGGAGCUGUAGGCCAGUAUGAAAGUCCUGGGUCUGAUCCCCAGUAUCACCAAAAAAAAAAAAAAAAAAGAAAGAAAAAACAAAAAGAAAAGAAAAGAGGAAGAAGAAAGAGGAAGAAGAGAGCAAGAAGAAAAGCUGCAGACAGAAGCUCCCGUGUCACACACUGGUCCCAAAGUGACUGUGGGCAGGGGCCACAGGCUGGUCCUCAGCAGCCUCAGCCUGGAGUGGUCACACCAACACCACGCAACCUGCCAUGUCCUCCACAGUGUCACCUGGGAUGUGGCAGCAUGUCCUCGUACCCUGGUCCUGACAGGCCCAGCCUGUUGGCUCUGUCCCUGGUCGGUGAAUAAUCAACUCAACCCCAAAAGCAGAUAAGGUAAACCCUCACCCUGCUCUCCAAAACCAGUUCCUGUUAGGGUCCCAUGCGAAAGGGUCCCACCUGAGGCCCCUCCUGCAGGGUUACCUCCCUGACCGAGGCAGAGGAGCUUGGUAUACUGCUCAUAGUAUCCCUACUUACUUGAAAUAGAGCUGGAAGGGACCCCAAGAAACUCAGGCAUCACCCUUCACAUGAACUGACUGGGCUGAAGACCUCACCAUGAAGCAACAGCCAAGGAUCCUGGACACCUCACUCUCCUCAGUCCAAUCCCAUGGUCAGAGCGCAGGCUGCCAGCCUCUCAUUCUUAGUAAAGGCCAGGCUUGCACCAGGGGACUCCAUUCAGAAAAUUCAGACCUUUUCCUUAAAUACAGGUUCUCAGACAUCACCAGCAAUUUCAGAUCUCACAAGCAGCCCCUUGUGCCUGCAGCCCACAUGGCUGUUGCUGGCCAGUGUCCCCAAAGCUCCAUGGACAGCUCACAUCCCACAGGACGCUCUCCUUCCUGUUGGCCCCAGCCCACAUCUUCCAUCCACGUAUCAAGCUCAGUGUUAGCUGCUUUUGCUUUACUCUUAAAAAGAGUAUUGCUGUUGCUUCAUGCCAAAGCAUUAAUAGAAAGUUUUUACACCCUCACCCUGUUGCCUCGCUGCACGGUGCUCUGGAAUUCCUGCACUGCAGUGUCCUCAGUAUGCGGUGUGCAGCAGGCUAUGUGGCUCCAUCCUAAGGCCAGCUUACUGUGCUCAGUGGACCUGAGUCUUUACCCCCAGCAAAUUCUGCAGAGGAUGACACUUGCAGCCAGAGGGCAUGGAAAAAAGCACCUGUUCUGUGAGUGGUACAGGUGUCUCCAGACAUGGCCUGCGGGGCCUCGUGCAAGACAGAAAGCAGACACCUGUAGUUGUGCAUCCACUGUCCCCUCCCCUCCCAUCUGUUGGAGAAAGUGGGCCUGUGGUGAGCACCAUGGCCAGACCUGAUCGGGCAGCCUGGUCAUGAGGAACUGAGACAAUGUGAGAAGCUUCUGCAGGCAGCGCUAGGAGGAAGGUCCCUUGUUGGCCUCACUGCCCAUAGCGGUCUGCCUUCUGCUUAUUCAUCCCUCCAUCCUUUUAAAAGACUCUUGGUGUCCUCUGGGUCUGGUCUGGGACAAAAAAGUGAGAUGGACACUUUUUCCAUGUGAUCUGUGGGCCCACAAUGCUGCUGCUUGUCUCUGAGUUGGCUCCCUCACACCAGUAGCUGCCGCUGUGCAAGAUGGGCCUAAGGACUUGAGGUGACACAGAGGACUUCAGGGGCCUCAUGUAGGCCUGAAGAGAAGGGAGCCUUAUUGGAGAAGAGCUGCUACUAGGAGCCAUUGGGCCACUUGUUAAUCAACCCAGAUUCUAUAGCUGUAGCCAUCACUAUGGUGAUGGGUUAGCUUGGGGUGGCUUGGGUUAACUAGGGGUAGAGGGUCCCCUCAGAGGGGCUGUGCCACCUGCCUUGUGACUCUGGGAGAGGUAGCAAUGUACUCAUGUGUACAAAAGCAUCCACCAGUCAUCCUGCCAGGGGAUUUGAAUGUGCCACUCAGCAGCUAAGAACCAAGAUGCCUGGGAGCCUACAGACAAGAAUAAGAGCAAGGAGCAACUUGCCUGAUCCCAGCACUCCGAAAGGCUGAGGCAGGAAGAUUGGGAGUUCAGGCCUAGCCUGGAGAACUUGGCUACUUAGCAAGACCCUGUAUGAGAAAAAAAUUAAAAGUAGUGCUGAUGAAGUAGUAGUAGUAGGAGGAGGAGGAGGAGGAGGAGGAUAGGAAGUGUGGAGAGAGCAAGCAGAGAGCAAGAGCUGCCUGCUAGAGCCCCGCCAGCUGUGGCCGGGACUGGGCUGAGGUUGGGCCAUGCAGUCCCAGAGCAAGAAGGGGCCAUAUCCAGCACACCUGCUUCUGGUGUGCCGGAAGGUGCGGUGGCCCUCUCAUGGCUGUGUCCACAGUCCCGACCCCAGCCGUGCAGGGCUGGAGGGCAGGUGGCAUCUUCCUCCUACUCGGCUGCUAAUUACAGCUCUGGGGACACCAGGACAGUUGCCAGGAGAUGGCUGCAGGUACCAGGAAUUUUCCUCGGAGGUGGUUUUUGGAAAUGAGUCUUAAUUAAAGCUCAUUUGAAAUAACCUUGAGAGCUGAGGGGAAGCUGGAGCUCCUGAUGCCCAGGUCACAAUCCUUGUGGGCCACAUGAUGGCCCAGUGUCGCCUGGCCCAGAAGGUUGUCUGAGUGCAGCUGCAGCUGCAGGGUUCCUGGAAGACGCAAUGGUUUUGCUCACAUUUCUGUUUAGCAACCAGAGCAGAGGCCGCACAGAAGCUUUUCCUUGGCACCUAAGCCUGCGGGUGGAGAGAAGGAAGUUAUUUUACCGGAUGCUUUUCUGGAGAGCUGAGGUGGGAGAGCCAGGACCAGACCCGUGAGUAGCGCAGCAAAGAGAAAAGCUGGGUGGUUCAUUUUCUCUUCAAAUUCCCACAAAAGGCAAGAGAGGAAAACAAAUUCUUAAAGAUGGGCAAUGUGCCCCUCAGUUUUGCUGCAAGAAGGAAAGGUAAAAGGAAGGGAGGGGGACAAGAGAGAGAAUCUACCCCGUGCACAUGGUGGGAAUUUGUUUCUCUGCAGCGCUUCUGCCUGGGAGCAGAGAGCACGGGAAAGGAAAGCUCUCUUUAGUCCCUGAGAGGAUGUGAGGCCAGGGCUAAGGGUCCCGCUCAGUGGCAAGUGCUUUCCCAAUGGGGAGACAGAUGCAAGAGACCGGGACAGGCCCAGAGCAGAACCUGAGGCAAUGGGAUCCCAAUGCAAGGGACAUAUUUUGCCUAACUGUACCCCACACCGGAGUCACCCUGUGCUUGUGCAGCUGUGAUAUCCAUACUCCCGAGCAGGAUGGGCUGAUCUGUGAGGGUCCUGCUCUACUGACCUUGGGGUACCAGAGCCGCUGUCCCUGAAUGCAUUGCCCCAGGAGAGACAGUGCAGCUACGCUGGCCGAACCAGCUGGGCCACAUCCAGGCAGGCAGUAUAUACCCAUGGGCAGAGUUGAAUGGCAGUCCGAAGCAAAGGACUCCACAGAAGGGAGAGGGAGGCCUCCGCCCCUGGGCUGCCUCUGCUAUACCAUGGCUGGGUGCUGAGACCUGGAGUCACAGAAUGCCCUGCACAGCCCGCGAGUCGGGCCUUCAAGCAGUCGUUCCCCACAGCUGUGGACAUAGCUUCCCAGGUGGGGAAGGCGAAAAAGUCUACUGUGGCAAGGGCAGGGCCUGAGCAGGCACAUGGGGCAGAAGUGCAUUUUAAAUGGGGCUGAGGAAGGUCCAAGAAGAGAAGGAGGUCAGCGAGGAGCCAAGGACAGGGCACAGAUGCAGCUUCCCGGCACAUUCAGGGAGCGCGAAGUAGCAGGGAGGGGCUUCAGGCUGGUGCCCUAACAAGCCGGGCACCUGUGGCAGCUGUGGGGCCAUGUGCUCAGCCCACUCUGAAAGCUCCCUUUGGCCUCUGUGGUAGCAGCGGCCUGGAGGAGAGGUCUUGGCCUGCACUGCUGCAGGCACUGACAGCACGUGACUGGAUGGGACCUCACCCCAGUGUACAUCAAGACCUCCACCUCCACCAGCCCCCUUCUAAGACAUUUCCAACUAAGAACCACAUCCGCUCCACUCAGCCCCAUUCCCCCAGCCAUCCCCAAUCCUGGGUCACCACCAAUCCACUUUUGUCUCUUCACUGCACCUGUUCUGGGCAUUUUGUAGGAGUAAAUUUUGCAGCCUGUGACUUUGGUGACCAAGGUCCCCUAGCACAUUCUCAAGGCUCACCCAUGUUGCAGCAGGUGUCAUACGUUGUCCUCCAUCCUUGAGACAUUAGGACUGUCUUCUCCUUGGGGCUGUUGGGCACAGCCCUGCCACUCGCUGGGGUGGCUUUGGUCUGAUGACAUGGGCACCUGCCAUGGCCACAGAACUAAAAGCUUGGCACUUGUGCUUUGUGUGAGCUGAGAGGGUCUACACACCUCUCCGCUCACACAUGCAGCCUGCUGAGAAGGCUGACACUAAGAUCCUUGUUUUAAAUGUGUCAUUCAGUCACAGCACUUUGGUUAUGUGAGACAAAGUUUCAUGUAACCUGUGUUCAGGCUGGCCUUAAAUUCACAGUGUAUCUCAGGCUGGUCUCAAAUUUGUACUGGUCCUCCUGCUUCAGCCUUCAAGUGCUGGGAUUACAGGUGUUGCUACCACACUGGGCUCAAAUGUAAUCAUGUGUCUUAAAAGUACAUUACAGGUGGGGAAAGGAAAGAGAAAAGUGUGAAAAUGUUUCCCCAUGAACAGCCACUACUCUCAAUGUUGCAUCAGCGCACAAACAGGCUGUUACCUGUCCCCUAUUCUCUUCCUUCCUGGUGGUCCAGCUUCCCUAGUUUUGUGCUGCAGAAGCAGAGCUGAUGGACAAGGUCAGUGACCAAACAGAGGAAACCAAGCCCAGAGCCAGGGCCAGCCCACCAGAAGCCACUAUUGCCCAACUGGAAGCCCGGAAGCCAUCCCCAGGCCUUUGGAGAUGUUCAUUAGGCUGGCAUCCCUGGCCCCACCAGUGUGGCUGCAUGUGCAGGGUCACCCACCACCAGGUUCCUCCCCAAGCCAUUCCAAGGCUCUGAACAUCUCAGGCAGCUCUGGUCCUGCUCCGCCUGCCUGCCUUCUGCUACGACAGUGAGCACUGGGAGUAACUGCCACCCUGGUUGGGGUGUCUCCCCGUGCCUGUGCCAGCCCAAGUCAGCAUCCUUCCUCAAUACUCUGGACCACACUCUUCUGUCUGACCCUGCUCAGCAUUAACCUGGGUGGCCAUCCUCGGCAGGCUUUCCUCCAAGUCAGGAAGUUUGCUUCUCACCUUGCUCCUCUGUUGUGCCAGUGAGCACAGCUGGAGAAAAGGCACCAGGAAGACUCACAGGUCUCAGAGCAUUUGCCAGGCAGACCUACGAGGGCACAGCCCAUCUCCACCGGGCCUGUUAUUCCCUGGGUCUCCAUAUCCAGGGCAUCAAAGGCAUCAUGCACCAGGCCCAAAGAGCACCUUUCUGGAAAGUGACUGCUGGGUCCUCCAGAUGCACAAUGGGUUGAGCAUCAGAGUGAAAGCCUUGGAGUCUCCCCUGUUCUCCCAGCACCUAACACUGAGGUCAAGAGUGACAUCACCUUCGGGACACACACAGCCUUGGAACCCAGUGUCUCUCAACUUUGUUUUUCCCAUUAGCACCCAGCCUGGAUCCUAUGGGAAGUGUCCCCAUCUCCAGGAGCACCAUGAGACUGUGUGUUCCUUUAUAGUCAUGGAGUUUGAGUUUACGUAGAAAGCAUUUCUGCCUGAACUGUAAGUGUAACUCCUUGCCAUCUGCCAGAGCCCAAAGCAGAGCUGCUGCUUGCUUCCUUCACGGGGAUGGCACAGAGCCUGCACUGUAUCUGGUGCAUAUCUGUGCCCAGCUGAUGAAAAGAUGGAAGAGCUGUGCUUGGAGACACUCCCCUGUUCUCAGGUGCCACGUGCCUCCGGUCUUGUUCUAUCUGCUUCUCUAGGGGUGCACAGGGUAGCUACAGCUUUGCACUGCGCCCUAGAGAUGUGUGGGAAGUGGACAGUCUCCCCGUCCUGGUGCCUGGGACCCCACCCUGCAGGAGUGCUGCCUGUAUGUCAAGGCCAGGCGACACUGGAGCACCAGCUGCCUCUGCCUCACAUCUCUGUCCGAAGCCGUGGCCUGGCAGUUGCUGAGCCCUUCUUUGUGGCCCAGCACACCACACCAGGCUGCGUCUGGGGACACUUGGGAGAGGAGCGGCCCUUCCUCAUCAGCAAUUACAAACAAGUCCUCCAUUGUCAGCGCACCAUCUGCCUUCUCGGUGUCCACCAAUCAGGGUCUGGGUGCAUAGCACAGCCAGGCUGGGGCUGCAGGGAGCUAGGUCAAGGAGCCCCUGGUCCCAGCCACCCCAGUGCACUUGGGAGGGUGUGCACAGUGUGGUGCUUUAAAAAAGCAGAAGCCCCUCCCCUGGAGGAGGACCUUGGGGACCCAUCAGCCAGAGAUCCCAGUCUGCUGCCUGCCACCAGCUCCAUCCAAAGCAGCUUGGGUCACGUGGAGCAGCAUUGUGCAUGGUCGGCACUAGUCAGGGAACACGGAAAGCCCCGGGUCAUCUGGGGUCCAGUGUUACUGGAACUCCUAGCCCUGGGCAGUCUCCCUUCAGGGCCACAGUGCUGAGUGCAUGUCAGGGGAUUGGAAAUGUCAUCACAGAGGUGCUUGUGUCUUCAGGAGACCCUACCAAGAGACUGGGCCUCUCCAGCCCCCAGCAUCCUGGACCACAGCUGGAUGCCAGACUGGCCCCAUGCCAGGCCCUGCAAAGGGGCUGCAGAAGGCCCAUUUCCAGCUAUAGCCAUACGGACAUCAGUCCAUGUCACUGAUGGGUAGUCUCUGUCCAGACUGCAAGGUGACACUACAUUCCAGAGAGUUGGGGUUGAGAUAAAAUGCCCCUCAAAAAGGGGGUGCCUCAGCUAGGAAGCUCUGCAGUGACAUAAAGUGGAGUAGAGGUACGGAGAGGAGACACCUGUCAUGUUGUAUAGAGACACUGAGACCCUGCUCCCUGGGCUGAGAGUGAGCUCAUAAUCUGACUGUACCACACAGUCACCUCCCUGUGUGCUGCAGCCAGGGAUCCCAGCGUGGGCUGACACACUCUGCACAGUUCAGAAACCUGCAAGCAGCCCAGGGCAUUCAGCGGUUUUCCAGGCCUUCCUUUGAGUCCCAAAUACUUGGCUGAAAACCUCUUUAUCUGUGACCCUGAUUGGGAUGGAAUCUGUCAGGAGAGCUUGGGCACUGGGAAAAGACCCUGGCUGCAUCCCUGGCAUCGUCUUGGGCUUCUGCAGGGUCUGCCCUGGGGUCAUCCUAGGCUCCUGAAGGUUCUGCACCAGCCAGUUGGGCAAGCUCAUAUUCACUGGAUUUAUGCUCUUUCC